UAAAGUGAAACAUAUCAACAGUCGAUAUAAUCAUGCCAACAUCAACCAUAGGAGCUGUGCUGUAUUUGUGUGGAACAUGGAUUCUGUUGUUAAAAACAUUUGAUGUUCAAGGAAUGGCUGUGCACAUAUACCAGGAUAAUGAUAUUAAAGUAGAGCAUGACGAUUCUAAAAAGGAUAUUAACGUGGACUUAAUGUAUCAUGCUAACCCGACUGUUCAUCAUUUUGCUCGGCAUGGUCUCUGUAACCACAUUCACGGAAAGAUUAAAUUCUACAGAGCUUUAGAGCAACACUUUGUCAACAUUUCAGACGAUAUGAAGAUCCAGUUUAUCUUAGACAUAUGUGAGAGACGAGAUCAUAUGCUCGACAAGUGGGUCAAUGAAAUAUUCGACAAAAAUAAUGAUGGAUACAUUUCCCACUUUGAAAAAGAAACGAAUUGAAUAUCGAUAAAGAUUGACAUUGCGACGCAAAACAGGACUACUGAAUAAAAUUGGGCAUCGCAUAUGUUUACAUUGUUAAGCAGUUAUUAAUUACAUAACGUACCACGCUGGAUGAAAUUUACUCUGAUGAAAGUGAAAUCACUUUGUCAGAAUAGUGGUUAGUGGUUUACAUUAUUCUAGACACUUAUGUUGGGGUUUAUCGAAUUAUGUAGUGCUGAGAAAAUUCGGAUGUAUCCCAACAUCGGAUGCUUAUUGUAUUUAUUUAUUUUAUAUACAUUAAUUUAUUAUUAUUUUUUGAUUAUAUAUGUUAAAUUGCCUGUGAUAAUUCAUCAAAUAUAUUUUAAUACGUGUGCCAAAAUGUGUGUAAAAGCUGAAGUCUGUGAUUUAACCAUGGAUAUAUUUUACGUAUAUCUAUUUGUACAACAUUCGCCUAAAUUGCCACUCAUCAGACUUAAUACCGUUCGUUAAUUAACUAAGUUGAUGUAUUAUGCUAUUUUGUUCAUGUGCUUUUGUCUGUGUGAUGUUUCACUCUCCCUCUCUUAAAUAUUGAGUUGUGUGUUUCUCUAAUGAAAAACAACUGUAUGUUUUCAUAGACACGUUUUAGUGUAAAAUAGAAUUUUUAGAAUGAUU